AUGGACGGCCCGAGCAGCAGGUUUACUUCCAUGUCCGUUUCCUCUGGCACGAAUGUCGACCUCAGGGCGUCGUUCCCCUCCGUUCCUCGUCAGAGUCUCAAGGAACUAUUCCCUAGUGUAUCCGCCCCUCCCACCACCGGUAUAGACCCGCCACGACCCGCGAAGGAAGGCCACGAAUGGGUCUGGUUUCCAGCCGGAUACUGGGCAGAGCGCGAGAUUGUCGAGGUACCUCGUAAAGAAUUGUCCAAGGCGUUUGGGUGGCGCAAGCGUUCUGGCAAGUCUGCCUCCGCAUCUGCCAAGCGCUCAUCUCACACCUCGACCUCGUUCCCUGAAAAGAUGGAAGCAUGGUCUGAACAUUCAGCAAGUGGACGACUACUUACCCGCACAGCUGCGAGCAGUGAAAGCGGCGGAUCUCUCUUUCCCCUGAAUCGCAUGCCAGAUGCUCCUCUUCCUAGCCCUUACUUGACAGAGGAGACGCAUGUGCAGUCACUUCAAUGGCCAUCCAUAGAUGCUGCCGCCAGAAGAAGCAGCACAAGCGGGAGCUCAGUUUUCAAGUCCCGAGGAGCCCUUUCCCCAUCCCCGUUGCACUUGUCACACGCCGAGGCGGAGAUAGAGUCAGAAAGCGUUUCGCCAGCAACGGUCAGAGGGCAGCCCCCCAGGGGUGCUUCGUCGGACACGAUCAACACGGUAUUGCUAACUCCACCUGAUAUUACUAGCCCAAAGGUCCGACCGAAAAAGUCGUUUAUCACGUGGCGGAUGCUCUCGCAACACCGACAAAGACUAAGGAGAUCUCAAGCUUCAAGUAAAGAAAAGCUCGGUGAAGACGGCGCUCAAAUACAGUCAUCACGACACCCGGGGGCCACAGCUAGCCCUUUGCGGAAGACGUCAAACAUAAGUGAUAAAAGCCGGAAGUCUCUCAAGGGAUUCCCUACGAAACUACUCAGAAGAGCUCGUUGGUCUCGUAAAAUCUCAAACUCAUCUGCUGUGAGCACAUCGAGUUCUAUGCAAACUACUUCCGUGAAUAGUCAUUCGCCAGAUACGCCUGGCUCUGAAAGAGGGGAGACGGCUGUUUCGAAUGCGAAUGCUUGGGCUUCUGAGUAUCCCGGCAAUGAAGCUAUACGAGUUCAAACGCCGCGCAUCGAACAGUUCCCGCGCUCGUUCUUCCAGGACCUCUCGGCCCCAACAACUCCUCGACGGCCCCUCUCCCGCCAAGAGGGCCAACUCAACCUCAAGAAGACGAACCUCUCCACAUCCUUCACCCCCGGCGGCGACUCCAGCAACUCCACCACGCCGGGCCGACAACGGAACGAGCACCGGAGCGAAAACGAUGCCGACAGCAGUAGUAGUACCAAGCUACGAACGCCCAGCAGCUCGAGAAAGCCGAGGAAGGACCGCGCCCACAAGGAGUGGUGGGAGGUGACGGUCCCGACGUCGUACGCAGAAGUGGACCAGCGCACUUUCCAGUUCGACCUGCCUGAACACCUCCCCACCAGCCCGAUGUGUCCCGCCAACAAGCGGCACAAGUCCGGCGGCACGGGCGUCUGCGUGUAUCAUGGGCGCGCGAAGAGCCGGGAUACCUCUGCCGUGACGAGCGGGGAGUCGGAACGCGAGGAGGCUGGGAGGGAGCAGGAUGUUUAUGAAGAAGAUGAGGGCAACGAGAGCGAUGUGUGGAAGUAA